AGACCAGCACCAGCGGCAUGGCUGGCCUCUGGCACCCUGGCAAGGCCUGGGUCGUUGGGCUGUUCUGGCUGUCUGUCUGGCAGUGAGGGGGGGAGGGGGAGGGGGGCAAUCGCUAGCAGGAACCCCUCCCUCUUUGUCGCUGUGCGCCUCAGCAGCUGAUUGCUGUGUCGGCCUGUCGACGGCGAAGCAACGGUCAGAUCCAGUUGGAUGUGCGGCUGAGCAACCGGGCUGUCUUCUUGCUCCUCUGUUGCCAAUCUGAGUUGGUGACACCAGCCGGCCCUCUCUCACGCGCAAGGCAUUCCCUCGCAUCGCAUCGUUAUCGUUGCCCUCCCAGGCCCCCCAGGCCCUCCCAGUACUUUACCUUGAUUGACUGCCGUUGGACGGACGAAGCCAUCUCCUCACAACGCCUGCCCAAGCCCAGAAACUGUCUGAGCUCCUCCAUCUUCUCCACUGAGCCGCCCGUUGUUCGAGCCCCUCCUUUUUUAGCCAGGGACCACUUGAGCUACUACUGCCCACUCUCCUCUUGCUGCUUGCUCUGUUCGCACCUGCAGACUCUUGAAGGUUCGACCUCUUUACCAGACAACACCGCCCCUUCAUCUCUCUCUGUCUGUUCUGUUCUGUUCUGUUCUGUUCUGUUCUGGUCUCCUUUCUCUGGCGACCGCUACCAAUCUGUUUGGGUUCAAUCGCCCCUGCCCUGACUGCCAGCCCGUCGCCUCAAGAAGCUCGUUGAGCAGCCGCCGCCCCCCACCCCCUCCAAGACUAGGACACAGCGAGCGCGCUCUUUCACGUUGCCCGUGUUUCUGCAAACCCUCCUUGGACUCACAGAUCGAGUCGGAGCAAGAUGAGUUUCUCCAACCUACUCAAUCGGAUGCAUGGCCAACCUGAAAGCUACGACAAGAAAUCAAAGUAUCGUUUCGGCCGAACCCUUGGCGCAGGCACCUAUGGCAUCGUUCGAGAGGCCGACAGCCCAUCUGGCAAGGUCGCUGUCAAGAUCAUCCUCAAGAAGAAUGUGAAGGGCAACGAGAGGAUGGUUUACGACGAGCUUGACAUGCUGCAGCGCCUAAAGCACCCCAACAUCGUCCGCUUCGUCGAUUGGUUCGAGUCUAGAGACAAAUACUACAUUGUCACGGAAUUGGCGACCGGUGGUGAGCUCUUCGACCGCAUUUGCGAGCAGGGCAAGUUUACGGAGAAGGAUGCUGCUGCGACUAUCAAGCAGGUUCUUGGCGCUGUCGAUUACCUGCACAGCAAGAACGUCGUCCACAGGGAUCUCAAGCCCGAAAACCUGCUCUACCUGACCAAGGCGCUUGACUCCGAUCUCGUACUCGCUGACUUCGGUAUCGCCAAGAUGCUCGACAGCAAGGACGAGGUCCUGACCACCAUGGCAGGCUCGUUCGGAUACGCAGCGCCCGAGGUCAUGCUUAAGAAGGGACACGGCAAACCGGUCGACAUGUGGUCCAUGGGCGUCAUCACCUACACGCUCCUGUGUGGUUACUCGCCGUUCCGCUCCGAGAACUUGCAGGACCUGAUCGAAGAGUGCAGCAACGCGAAGGUGACGUUCCAUGAGAGAUACUGGAAGGACGUCAGUGAAGACGCCAAGCAGUUCAUCAUGGGCCUGCUGCAGCCCAAACCUGAAGACCGGUGGUCGUCCUCGCAGGCUCUCAACCACGUCUGGCUCACUGGUGAUAAUGCCACGGACCACAACUUGAUUCCUGAAAUCAAGGCCUACAUGGCCAAGGCGCGCCUCCGGAGGGGUAUCGAGAUGGUCAAACUGGCCAAUAGGAUCGAGGCUUUGAAGAUCCAGGAGGACGAUACAGAAGACUCAGAUAUGCCCACCGAGGAGUUUGCAGCUGCCAAGAUCUCGGACGCCAAGCCAGAGGCCGGUGCCUCUGCUACCAGCACAGCUGAAGGCAAGCGAAACCUCCAAAAGAAACUCAAGGGUGCCAUCUUCCGCGAGGUGGUGCUCGCCAAGGUGCGCGAGAUGAAGCAGCAGGAGCAGACAUUGAAGGUGACGGAGGAGGUCGAGAAGGAGGCCAAGAGGCGCUCGUUCCACGAGUAGACGGGCGGCGAAGUUCAGGGUUUGGCGCACAGCAAUUGGAAACAAUACCAUCAAGAUCACUUGGGACAUUACGAGGAGACUGUCAAGGCCGCUUUAGUUUUAUACACUACUACUAUGACACUACCACGCCUCCAAAAGAUCGUGCAAUGUGCCUCACCCACCCGUCUGAUAUACCAGUUGUUAUGCUGCAGAGUAUCCACCCGGAGGUCUCUUUUGGCAGGAGAUUCCCCAUGAGAUUAUUGUUACAAGAUGUUAUCCUAUAGAAGGUUACAAGGCUAGCUUAUGAGAGGUUAUCCUAUAGGGUGUCGUCUCAUAAGUGGUUUUCCCACCAUAGGUUGUUCC